CUUAUGUAAGAUAUAUGGCCUGAGGCAGCACAUCUAUAGUUAGUACUCCAGAGUAGCAAGGCAAUGCCAAGACCAUUCACCUGACCCUCCCCCCCCAAACCGGCCUAGCGUCUGGCCGCUGCCUUGUCGAUCUCCGUUAUGGAACUUCCAUGCUUUCUGGACCGCGGAAGAUCAAGCUUCCAACUGCACCUGCCUGGUCUCUUGAUCUGAUGGCAGUCCCGGCACUCCGUCAAUAUGAAUACUCGCCAGGUUAUCGAUGAGUCGGUCGGGCCUUUCUCCCUCUCGGCCACCUUCAAUAAUGAAAAUAGUUGCUUCUCGGUUGGCUUAGAUACUGGGUUCUGCGUCUUUAAUGCCGACCCAUGCGAACUCAAGGUAUCAAGGGAUUUCAACGCUGGCAUCGGCGUCGCGGUGAUGCUGGGUCAGUCAAACUACCUCGCUAUCGUCGGUGGAGGCAGGCAGCCUAAGUUCCCGCAAAAUAAGUUGGUUAUCUGGGAUGAUGCGAAACAGAAAGCCGUCAUCACGCUAGAAUUCCGCACUUCCGUCCUCGGUGUCCGCCUGUCGAAGUCGCGCAUUGUCGUCGCUCUGCUGAACAGCAUCCAUAUAUUCGCCUUUUCGAACCCACCCAAGAAACUUUCGGUUUUCGAGACGACGGAUAACCCGAUGGGACUGGCCUGCUUGGGACAGAAGCUGCUGGCCUUCCCAGGCCGCUCCCCCGGGCAGGUGCAAAUCGUGGAACUGGAAACGGGGAACGUGAGCAUCAUUCCAGCGCACAGUUCGCCUCUUCGCGCGAUGGCCUUGAGUCCCGAUGGGGAGGUAUUGGCCACGGCGAGCGAAAUGGGGACUCUGGUCAGGGUGUUCUCGACCAGUAAUUGUACGAAGAUGGCUGAACUUCGACGUGGAGUUGACCAGGCGGUCAUCUUCUCGCUCGCCAUCUCGCCGUCGAAUAAUAUGUUGGCUGUUACAUCCGACAAGUCCACUUUACAUGUUUUCGACCUUCCUCACCCACGGAACCCUCCCCAGACCACUUCCUCACCCCCUGAAGAAGGAACCAGUCUGAAAUGGGGCAUUCUGGGGAAAAUUCCUUUGCUGCCGCGCGUAUUCUCUGAUGUCUAUUCAUUCGCAAGUGCUCCCUUUGAGAUUGGCGACGAAGGAGCCCCGGGCUCGCUAUAUAUCCCACCUCUCGGAACAUCGUUCGGUCGACCCUUGAAAGGUGUCAUAGGCUGGGCCGAUGACCGCACGGUCCUAGUGCUUGGCUCGGGCCGCGACGGGCGUUGGGAGAAAUUCGCUCUCCGUGAAGCAGAUGAUGGGAAACGCAUUUGUGUAAGAGAAGGUUGGAAAAGAUACUUAGGGGGAAGCUAAAGAGGGAAGAGAGAACUCGGCCACGACUUCUGAGGAUAUGAUUUAUGAACUUUUAGAGUGCUAUCUUAGGCGCUUUCUCUAUUUUUGAUUAGCGAUGGUGGUUCCUGACACGGGAUGCUUGAACCCAUCGAAGGUGAUUGGUGACAUCGCGGCGCGAGGUCUGGCAGAAUGCUGCGCUUUUCUUCUGUCAGACGCAGGAGUCAAGGCCCAGAAGCAUGUUCCUUGAUGGCUAAUGUUUCUCAAACGUUGGGUGGCCGUCGCGGGUCGUCCUUUCUUGACGGACUAGACUGUUGUUCUUAAACGACCGAUAGAUGCCAUGGUUAUACUUAGCAAUAAUUGAUAAUUUACCCAUUUUGACUCUUAUCAAUGUCAAUCAUGCUUAUCUCGCGUCCUCCGUGGCGGCGGUGACCGAGAUCCCACUGGCGUCCUGUCUCUGUAGGACCUUUCCUUGCGUGAUGGCGACCGGGUGCUAUGCGACCGCUCCUCUCUUGACGGCGACCUAUAGUCCCGCCGGCUCUUCUCUCGAGAACGCGAGCGACCCUCGUCAUGUCGGCGGCGAUGGUGACGGUGGUGACGGUGAUGGCGACGCGAUCUAUCGCGGCUGGAGUCUCGUUUCCGCGACGAUUUACUUUCCCUCUCCAGCGCUCGCGCAACCUCUUCCUUCUUUUCUUCGAUCAAGAAUUCUUUCAUGGGAUCCUCCUCGUCGUGGGUUCUGAUCAAUUCCUCCAAUUCCUUCUCCUCCUUGAGCAAUGGUCGUCGUCGAGGCUCGUCGUCUUCCUCACUGCCUCUUCUCCUCCGGCGUCUUCGUCGCUCAUCGUCCGUAUCAUCCCCACGGUCGUUCUUCGUCCCCACAUCCCCCAUUAGCCUAGCGACAUUGUCUCCUUCCUCCUCGUCAUCUCGCCGCUUGUAUCUGGUGUGGUCCACACGCAGCAUCCGACCCAUCACCGUCGCACCGCCUAGAUUGUCCACGGCCAGGUCUGUACUGCGCUGAUCUUCGUAUUUCAGCCACGCAAAUCCUCGACUCUUGCCGGUUUCCUUGUCGCGCGCUAGGUUUACAUGGACGGGUUCGCCGUAUUGCGAAAAGAUGGUCACGAUGUCGCCCUCGGACAGAUCGAAGGGGAGACCACCGAUGUAGAUGUACGCCGUAUCUCGGUAAUCGGCAUGCCAUGAUGCUUCUGGAGGUCUAGAAUCCGUCGGUUCAAUAGUCAGUAAAAGGCUAUUCUUUCUUUGCUGUCGCAGAGCUGUACCUUGUCACAGCGACAAGAGGGACGGAGAGAGGGAGAGAAACCACUUACAUGGCAUUUUCAAGCUCGCGCUU